GGUUAUUGGGAAGUUUCUGUGAUUGCUCCGCUUACACGGCCGUCUUAUUUCGAUGCAAGGACGUCUAAAAGCAGAGACCUCUUCCUCCUUUUUGCCUUAACUCUAAAUUGCAAAAUUUCCUUUGAGAUGGACCCCCAGACACUUCAGCUUUCCCAAGUCCCAGUAGAAGAAGCAAUUUCUUGGGAUCCACUGGGCGACUGGUGUAGAAGAAGAUCCGUUUGGUCUGUCUCCAAGAAAGAUCCAGAAGCCCAUCGCUUUGGGAAAGAGGAACCAAUUGGCAUCCCUGAGGAGGUCAAGGUGGACGUGGAUGCCCUACUCAAAGACAUUGAGGAGCACAACAGGCAGAGGUUUCGUUCCGAUGCUCUUCCUUUGGGAGAACGUCCCUGGCAGACUCUGUUCCAGCUGGGAGAGGCUGCUCAGAGAUGGCUGAGACCACAGGAUCGCACUAAAGGACAGAUUGUGGAUGUGGUCAUCUUGGAGCAGUUUCUGCAUGUGCUUCCUUUGGGAAUGCAGGCUUGGGUGAGAGCCAGGAAGCCAAGUACCAGCCAGGAGGCAGCUCAGCUGGCUGAAGUUUACCUGGAGCAAAAGUGUCCUAUGGCAUUCCAGGAUGUGGCUAUAUAUUUCACCCAAGAUGAAUGGGACCUUCUAAACGAGGAGCAAAGAAUAUUGUAUUACACCGUCAUGCGAGAAAAUUCUGAGAACAUAACCUCUUUAGAGCUUUUGAUUUCAAAACCAGAUCAGUCUCUCCAAUCUGACUGGGACGAAGAGGCACAGAGGGCCUUCAAAGGGAAAGACUCUAUUGAAGAAGUUGUGAACUGGGAGGACAUAACUGUGGUCGAAUUGCCACCCCAAUAUCCAUAUGACUGCCUGCAUAACGGUGAACCUGAUGUGAUCUUCCAGAUCGGAAGAGAUGGGAUGAUUCAGGAGUCUGAGGAAAGGAGUAAUCUGAGGCAUUCUUCUCCAGAAAACCUGACUACCAGGAAGAAAAAACAUCAAGAAGAAUUUGGAGCAGAACAGCUUCAGGAGCCAACGCAAUGGGAUGUGUUCUUUGAUCCCAAUAUUUCUGAACCAAUGGAGGUCAAAUCUAAAAGACAGCAAGGGCUAUUCCUGGAGCUCAUACAAGCUUCUAAGGCUGACAAGAAAAUGCCCAGCAGUAGCUCCCAAGUAGGUUCUACUGUAUCAAAAAGGAACUAUCCUUGUUCGGAAUGUGGGAGAAGUUUUGAUCGCCGUUCUAACUUAAUUAAACAUCAGCGAAUCCACACGGGAGAAAAGCCUUACCCUUGUAUUGAAUGUGGGAAAUGCUUUGACCAGCAGUCCAAUCUAAACGUCCAUCUGAGAGUUCAUACUGGAGAGAAACCAUAUGGCUGCCCCGAUUGCGGCAAAAGGUUUAGUAUCAAAUCACAUUUACAUGGACACUAUAGAAUACACACGGGGGAGAAGCCUUAUGAAUGCGAAGACUGUGGGAAGAGCUUCCGUGUGAAAUCUUCCCUAAAUAAGCACCAGCGAACCCAUACAGGAGCUGCCAAGCUCUCCAAACCACCUGAUAUCAAAUCAGAGGGUCCCCGGGCAAUAUUGCCAGAAGUGACACGUGUUUAUGCAGCUCCCAAAUCAGAAAAAAUAAUUAAAAUGAUGAGUAGGAAGCCCCCUAUAGAAAUCACGGUGUCAAACAAGAAUUUUUCUUGUUCCGAGUGUGGGAAAGGUUUUGAUCGACCCUCACAUCUCAUCACGCACCAGAGGAUCCACACCGGGGAAAAGCCAUAUCCAUGUAUUCAGUGCGGGAAACGUUUUCAUCAGCAGUCUAACCUUAAUGUCCAUUUGCGUCUCCAUACUGGAGAGAAGCCUUAUGGCUGUCCUGAAUGCGGCAAAAGAUUCAACAUCAAAUCCCAUCUACACGGACAUUACAGGAUCCACACAGGUGAGAAGCCAUUCGAGUGUGAAGACUGUGGGAAGAGCUUCCGGGUGAAAUCUUGUCUAAAUAAGCACCAGCAAGUUCAUACAGGAGAAAAGCAAUAUAAAUGUCUCUGAGAAAAAAACCUGGAGUUCUAACCUAAUUAAACCAUCAGGUCAUUUUGGAGACCUGUGCUCUAAACUUGGGGAAAAAGUAACUUUUGGAACAGAUGAGACUUUAUCAAACAAGAAAGAAUUCACACAAGAGAAAAUCCUUCCGUUUUCCUUCCGCAAGAAAUAAGCAUCUGAAAAUCUACAGAGUCUUUGUGGGUGCCUAAUCUGUGGGGAAAUGUUCAGGAAGAUAGUUUUAGCAGUGAUUGGAAAGGGUUGGAUUUGAACACACAACUGAGGCACUGAUCAUACCAGCACAAAAACAGGCACUUAGUACAUGAUCCAUAGAAACAGGGGUCUACUAUCUAGACAAAUGCAGACUAUGCAGAGAGGCCUCAGAGACAGUCCAACACGUGGUGUCUAGAUACAACACAUAGAUGCAGGCAGAAACAGCACACUGAACAGCCCAACAAGAUAACUGGCAUUGUGUACAGGAAUAUAUGCACAGUGUAUGGGCUACAGCACGUCCAGAUGGAAGAUUCAACAUAAAGUCAUGGAAAAUAAUAGGACUAAGAUCCUAUGAGACUUCCAGAUUGAGACAGAUAGGCAGGUACUAGCCAAUCAACCAGACAUCAUGGUAAUAGACAAGGAUAGAAGACAGCAAUGGCGAUAGAUGUAUUGGUACCAAAUGACACCAAUGUGGAAGGAGGAGUAUAAAAAAUUGGAGAAAUUCCAGGGCCUGAAGGAGGAUGUAGAGGAGAUGUCGAAAGUCGAAGUGGUCCCAGUGGUGGGAGGAGUGCCUGUGGCUGUGACUCCUACGCUGGGAUAAUAGCUCCAACAGACCUCAGGAACAACACCAGAGCUCUGUUCAAAAGAGUGCAGGGGUUAGGAAUAGUUAACCCUCAAACUCCCAGGCCUCCGGUAGAGGACCCAAGAUUGAAGAAAACACAUAUCGCCAUAGGGGUGAGAAGGGAAUUUUUUAAAAUGUACACUAUAAUUCAUACGGUACAAGCUGUAAUCAUUCGAAAUGCAACAAUUGA